UGAAACCCACACUGCCAAUGAGAGGGARGCAUGUGGAUGUUUUAAGGCCAGUGGUUGAACUAAUUAAUUUUAAUCUGAAUAUUAUUAAAAAUUGCCGAUUCCCUGCAUUUUUUCUGUGGAAUUUAAAAAAWAUAUAUAAAAUAUCAGCCCAGUAGAGUGCUGUGGAAGUAGUUUUAACUGCAUUUGGAUGUGUCGUGGCUCGGUUUUGUGCCCCGUGAUAUCAUUGGUGAGGAGCAACGCUGACGUGGUGAUUGGACGGCACUGUUUUCAUACAGCUUUGGCCCCUAAAGGUACUUAGUGCAAAAACAUAAAGUCUGGGCCAAAAACAUAGCGCCAUAAAUUUAAUCUGCAAAUUUGCUUUUCUCUAUAAUUAUUGUGGCUAUAAAUGAACAGUUUGUAAGAAAAAUGUGUGACUGGAUCCCAAAUAGGAUGUGUUUGUAAACAAACAACAGCUGAAGUGACUGAAGGUMCUUUAACAGACGAGUAGAAGUUUUGUAAAAGUUGCGCUCCAGUAUUUGAUCCCAGAUAUUUAUCCUCUUUGUCUUGCUCAGUCGUUCUUUUUCGUUCUUGCGUUCAGCAGAUUCCCUCUUUUGUUUUAAGCAUCUCUGAGAUUCCACCGUGUUCGUUUACAGACCACACUCACGUCGGUUGAUCACGUGACCUGUGGUUUUCAGUGGAUCCAGUGGGAGUGCUUUGUUUACAUUGAGUACAGACCCACACUUUUGAAGUGCAGUCAAGGUAGCAUGGAAAACUACUGGUAAAAAAUAUUUUUCAAACUGCACCAUUAGAUGAAGGAUAACUUUUAUUAUGAGAGAUUUCAUACUUUGAAAUGAAUGAUAAAGAAAAAAAUCAAGAAGCUGCAAAAUACCUUUCCUGUUGUUUUUGAUAGGUGCAAAAUAAAUCACUUUUUCACAUGCAGAUGAAACAUUUAGACAAAUAAAAUGUCAAUUACUGAUUUCUGAGACCAAAAGAGUGUGUUUCAGGCUGAAGGGCACUGUGUCCAGGGUUGGGAGGUGGGGUGUGGGCUUGUUUGUUGGCCAAAAAAAAUUGCUUUUGUCACCUUUUUGAGUGUUGGGUGUUCUAAAAGAGGCUAAAGCAAACAGCUGCUGCACCAUGAGGGGGGAGGAGGAGGAGGUGACCGCUGCUCCUCUGAUAGAAGCAGGAGGAGGGGGGCAAAGGCCAUGCAGACAAGAGUCCAGAUAGACCAGUGUGGGACCUGACUGGAUCACAUCAUGUAGGCGGCAGGCAAGGAUUUAUUUUUUUUAAAUAUGGUUUUCUUUUUUAUUUAAUUUUCUGCUUUAUUCUGAAAAUGCGACGCACAUACCUGCCACGGAAACAGCGACAGCCCAAAAGAGCCGCAGGCGCUCCGAUGCUAAUGUUGUCGGGGGCUUUGACUUCUCCCAGCCACUGCGAAGCUGCCGCUCCGUGUGACAGCCACGCCGCCGCCGCUCCUCUCCUCCUCCCGCCGGCUCUCUCCCCUCGCUUUUCACGCCUUUUAUUACAAUCAUCCCCCCGUUACGUUUAGCAGAAGUGUCGUUAAGAAAGAGAGAGAGAGAGAGAGAGAGAGAGAGAGAGAAAGGGGUGGAAAAGAGAGAAAAAAAAAGAAGAAAAGAAGCCCGACCUAUCUCUGAACCUUAAUGGACGACGCGGAUAUCAUGGACCUGACGCACCAGAAAGCGAAAAAGCGACCGCGUCCAAUCAGUUCCGUGGACGAGUCCGUGCACGCUCCGCUCAAGCGGCUCCCGAUGCGGGCGGCGGAGUGCAGGGAGCCCGCCCUGAUGUUCGCUGUCAGGGGGGAGCCCGUUCCCGCAGCAUCCCUCAAACAGAAUGACCACUCGCUGACGUCCUCUCCGACCACAGUAAUGCCAGCACAGGAUAAUCGUUCCAGCAUGUCCAGGCCCAUGAUCACACGGUCACCAGUGUCUCCCUUGAGCAACCAGGGCAUCCCUACACCUGCACAGCUCACCAAGUCCAACGCCCCUGUGCACAUCGACGUGGGCGGGCACAUGUACACCAGCAGCCUGGCCACCCUGACCAAAUACCCAGAAUCACGAAUUGGUCGCCUCUUUGAUGGCACAGAGCCUAUAGUCCUGGACAGCCUGAAGCAGCACUACUUCAUUGAYAGGGAUGGACACAUGUUCCGCUACAUUCUCAACUUCCUCAGGACGUCCAAGCUUCUCAUUCCAGAAGACUUCAAAGACUACAGUCUGCUGUAUGAGGAGGCUCGAUACUUUCAGCUGCAGCCCAUGCUGGUUGAGCUGGAGCGCUGGCGCCAGGACCAGGAGCUGGGCCGGGUCUCCCGCCCCUGCGAGUGCCUAGUCGUGCGCGUCGCACCYGACCUGGGCGAGAGGAUCACGCUCAGCGGCGACAAGGCCCUGAUCGAGGAUGUCUUUCCCGAAAUCGGCGAUGUCAUGUGCAACUCCGUCAACGCCGGAUGGAACCAUGACUCCACACACGUCAUCCGCUUCCCGCUGAACGGCUACUGUCACCUCAACUCUGUCCAGGUUCUAGAGCGUCUCCAACAGCGAGGWUUCGAGAUCGCUGGCUCCUGUGGGGGAGGCGUGGACUCAUCCCAGUUCAGCGAGUACGUCCUGCGGCGGGAACUGAGGAGGACGAGUCAGCGAGGGCUCAAUUCAAACAGGAUAAAGCAGGAGCAGCUGGACUAGAAGCCUCCGAAACAGUAGGAGGUGCUAGACUUUUCUGUAGCAGUCGAAGGCUCGAAGCUGCAGAGCUCUGUAGACUCCUUUUUUUUCUUCAUUUCCUUGUUGAUGUUUCCGUUUUCUUAAACUCAAGAACCACCUAGAGAAUAAAAAUGAAGUGCAGCAGGAGAUUUUUUUUUUUUUUGCCAUAAGAAGAUACAAGACAUUUGAUAACUUUGAGAUUGCAAAGACAUUUGUGAUUGUCUCAUCCCCAUAAAUCAAGUAAAACAAAUAUUUAUAUAUGCUGGAUCCCCGAACAAAGUUUGUUUUAAAACUUGGAGCCUACAUUAGGUUAAAAAUGAUUUCUAAUUUACCAGUAUAAAUUAAAAAGUUGUUUAUUGCUGAUUUAGUGUUGCACAGUAUGUCAUCAGUGAUUUUGUUGUUUCACUAUCUCAUUGGCUUUUCCUUCCUUUAAAGAAAAAAGGUAAUAAUUGUGUUUCUUAAAGUUCAGAAUGUCUUAGUUAUAUAAACUUAGGUACAACAUAAGCAUUUUUUUUACAUUCAAUAUGAUGUUUAUUAUUAUAAAAUCAAUGAAGUGGAUUUUUGAGGUCAUUUUAGCAGUUCAUGUGAUAAAAUGGAAAUGAAUUUAGAAUCAUCAAAAAAAAAAACGUAAAAUAUUUUUUGUUACACCAUUUGCCUCAUUGAGCUACAUACUUGGGACUUAUUUCAUCGGACCACAAAUCCCCUCUGAGUCGUGACAUGUAAUUUUUUCAUUGUACUGUAUAUGUCUUUGUGUUUUUUACAUUGAAUCUUUUCAAAGCAGACGUCUUUGCUUCAAACAUGACUGAACAGAUUAAAAGCUUAUUGUACUUAUCCAAACCGAGAUGACUUGUAUUUGUAGCAAAUGUUGAUAUGAAGUUGGAUAUAAAGUAUUUCUAAGAUUACUGAAAUGACUAUGUUCCUUAGAUUUAAAAGGAAUGUAGCAACAACAACAACAAAAAAAAAAA